GUUAACUCAUCUCAGCCUGUAUAUAUUUACCUGCAAUCUCCCUCAAUACACUGAAUAUCAGACAAGACAACAAUCAUGUCUUGUGCCAGAGAUCUGUGUGUUCUGUGUUUGGUGGCACUUGGACUUCUGUGCCUGACCAGUGCAGGAGAAGCCAUGAUGUAUGAUUGCUGCUACACGUACACCAAAAAGCAGCUGCCUUUAAAAGUUAUUAAAGAUUUUACGACCCAGAAUUCCUUUGAAGUGUGCGACAUUGAUGCAGUUAUCUUUAUUACAAGGAAAUUCCGAGUCUGUGCAAAUCCCAAGCAACAGUGGGUCAUUGAUGCAACUAAAGCAAUCAGCAAAAGAAAAAAGAGAUCUCCCAAAAUCUCAACCAAUUAGAGAGACCCUUUAAUGAACAGUUCUUCAAAUGUUCAACAAUAUUUUUUUUUACUAUUUUUAGCUUGCAAAAAGCUACCCAUUCCUGGUUUCAUCGGAAACAUCUGAAUAUGCUUCUUAUUUAGCAUCCUGAUCACAUUGCAUCAUUACUGCAUCUGCUUUUUAGAGCAAAUGUUUAUGAAUAGAUCAUCCACGGCUUAUACUGUGUAUACAGGUAUGCGAUAUGUUAUCCAGAAACCCAUUAUUCGGAAAGCCCUGUAUUAUGGGAAGGACGUCUCCCAUAGAUUGCAUUUUAAUCAAAUAAUUACAUUUUUUUUUAAAUUAUUCCCUUUUUGUCUGUAAUAAUAAAACAAUACCUUGUAUCUGAGCCUAACUAAGAGUAACUAACUGGAGGCAGCACAAUCAUAUGGGAUUUAAUUCACGUUUAAAGGAUUUUUAGUAGACAAAGUAUGGCGAUUAAAAUUGCAGAAAGACCCUUAUCC